CAGGCGCUGGUUUAACACUUUAUAAUUUGACUCCUUGCUUUGUACGGGAGCGCCCAUGCCUCUCUCGUAGCCUAGCCCGCCAUGACGGACUGCCUGCCUCAACAGAAUCAUAUUCUGCGACGGGCGGCGAAUGUUCUCAAUUCCAAUGGGCAGCCAGUCGAUGGACUCACCGCCGAGCCUGCCAAGUUUCCAAGCAAGCGUUCCAACAAACUGGGCGCCUCGAUACGUCGAAAAUUCAACAACAUGGUAUGGACACGGUCGCCUUCUACCUCCCCGAGCGCGCAGCAUGGCGAAUUCGAUAUUAAGAAACCUAGUUUGAUGCAUGCUCAUACCGCCGACGAGACAGCGGAUACCAAGCACGAGCGGGACGCAGUCACGCCACAUUUGGAAGUGACUGUGCCAUUGGUGUUGCAGAAGGGAACUCCAAUGGUAAAGGUGUCCAGCAAGAAGCGCAGACAGGUCGUUUUUCGUUUGGAUCCCGACCAGGGGCGUAUAGUCUGGGAAGGAAAGGUGCAUCGAUAUAUUCCUAUUGAAGCUAUCAAGGAAAUUCGGUCCGGUUCCGAUGCUCGAUAUUACCGCCAGCAAUUUCAGCUCGCGCCUCAAUGUGAAGAGCGGUGGCUUACUAUCAUCUAUAUUCUCGAUGGUGACUACAAGACCCUCCACGUCGUCGUGCCUACCAAGGAUGUCUUUGACAUGUGGAAUUACACCCUGCGUAGCUUACAUGCUGUACGUCAAAAGUUGAUGAACGGCCUUGGCUACGUUGAGAUGCGGCAGGCCAUGUGGGACAAGCAUUACUGGAAAGGUGCUGACGAGGAGCACGAUCAGAAGUUGGAGUUCGAAGAGGUGGAAAAGCUCUGCAAGAGGUUGCAGAUCAACAGUGGCCAAGACGACCUUUAUAGACUCUUCAAGCAAGCCGACACGAGUAAUCGUAAUUACCUGGACUUCGACGAUUGGAGGCUUUUUGUCAAGCUUCUAAAGGCGCGACCGGAGUUGGACCGCCUUUACAACCAGCUUUGUAAGAUAAAUGGCGGCACCUUUGAUUUCGAAGCAUUCGAAAGUUUCAUGAAGGAGAAGCAACACUGUACGCAUACCCGGGAAGAGCUUCUAGCCGUCUUUGAUAAGUAUGCUACGACGGAACCCACAUCUCCCGCUUUAGGCGAGGAGAAGACCGCCGAGGUACCAACAGAUCCUUGCCCCAAGCUGAUUAUGUCUCGGAAAGCCUUCACCAACUUCCUCAUGUCUAGCGACAAUCCAGCCUUGCCCGAUCAUGACAGGAGGAUCCAUCAUGACAUGACUCGUCCCUUGUCGGAAUACUAUAUUUCUUCUUCGCACAACACGUAUCUUGUUGGCCACCAGCUCGUUGGAACAAGCACUAUCGAGGGGUAUAUCCGUGCAUUACUCCAUAGUUGUCGGAGCGUUGAAGUGGAUGUAUAUGACGGCGAUGAUGGCCCCGUGGUCUACCACGGCAAGACGCUCACGACCAAAGUAUCUUUGCGUGAGGUCUGCGAGGCCAUCAUGAAGUACGGCUUCGUUGCUUCUCCGUACCCUAUCAUAAUCUCCGCCGAGGUCCAUUGCAGGCUUGAGCAGCAAGACAUGAUCGCUGAUAUCAUGCUGGAUGUGUUUGGGGAUGCCCUCGUCCAGAAGCGACCGGACAAGCCGAUCAGAGUGCUUCCUAGUCCUGAGGAGCUGAAAGGGAAAAUCUUGUUGAAGACCAAGAACCUCAAUAUUUCCAGUAAUGAAGCCGCAGAUGGUGGUCUUUUUAUAGAUACCUCGGCAUCAUCCACCGACGACUCGGAGGAUGACUGGCGAAAUCCAAAGCGGCGGCAGUCCGACGCCAUAAUGAUGGAGUACAGUCAAGAAUUCCAACCAAAGCCGACCUUUAUGGAGCGAGUUCGCAGCAUAAGGAUGUCCAGUUCUAAAGCAGCUAGAUCACCAAGAACGGGCCGACCUGUGUCGCACUCCAGGUCGCCCUCGGGCACCUCAACCGUCACAUUACCGCCGAGUCCUACGGCCUUUUUCCCUUCUUCCUCACCCGUGAUGAUAACAACCCCCUUUGAGGCGAUGCUCAAGGUCAAAAUGUCGCAAAAGCUGCUUGACCUCCUGGUUUACACAGUCGGCGUCAAAUGUCGAGGCCUGAAUAAGAAGGAGGAGUAUGCGCCUGAGCAUAUAUUCUCAUUGUCGGAGAGCACGGUGAAUAAGUAUCUGAAGGAAAGCAGUACGGUAAUGGAUCUCAUCAAGCAUACGCGCGAUCAUCUGGUCAGGAUAUAUCCCAAGGGGAUGAGGGUCAACUCCACCAACUAUGAACCGCACAGAUGCUGGUAUGCGGGCGUGCAGCUGGUGGCCCUCAACUGGCAGACCUUCGAUUUGGGGUACAUGAUCAACCAGGCGAUGUUUCAGCGGAAUGGUCGCUCGGGAUACAUUCUCAAGCCCAUGGCCCUGCGGGCCCAAAACAAGGAUGUGCUUAUGAAGCGCACGAAGCAUCGUCUUGAGGUGACUAUCAUCUCGGCGCAGCAGCUGCCACGGCCGAAGGACGCGACUGGGCGGGAGGUUAUAGAGAAGGGAUCGGUGGAUCCGUAUGUGGAAGUGUCGGUGCAUGUCCCAGAUUGGACUAUGCCUACUCUGGAACAACGCAGGCCUCCUCGCACCAAUAUGGUGAAGAAUAACGGGUUCAACCCCGUAUGGGAGGAGAGGCUGAGUAUACCAUUUGAAUGCGUUGGGGAUAUGAAGGAGCUCGUUUUUGUCCGCUUUGCUGUUAAGCAGGGUGGGCAGGAGGACGGAGAACCGUUGGCGGUCUUUUGUGCGUCGCUGGGAUCGUUGCAGUUGGGUUACCGUCAUCUUCCUUUGCAUGACGCGCAGAUGUCGCAGUAUCUUUUCUCGACGCUGUUCGUUCGUAUCGGCGUGUUGGACGUUGCUUAGCCCACGCCACGCUCCUUGUCGGUUUGUCGCGUUUCAUUUCCAUCGUUAAACUAUACCUGCCGGAUCCGCUAAUUACGACAUUGAUUGUGUAAUAAAUAAACCCCUCAUGUAGCAGUAAUAAUAUGUAUUCUUUCUUAUAUCAUAAGUAUGGUAACAGUGGUGUCGAGUUGACCUUCUGAACCUUUGUAUGUAGAUGGGCUCUGACGACGAUGGACGCACAGUAAGCUUAGGGUGAUGUAUGGUUUUGGUAGAGAUUCACGUGUAAAGAGAGAAAAUACGAGUAGGAAUAUGUCCAGCAACGAAGAACACC